AUGAGCGGCGCCGGUCUCUGCGGGUUGUUGUCGGAAUUGGGGUACGAAGGUCACGGCUCUUUGGACCCCGACAGCUUCGAAUGGCCCUUCCAGUACGACGAUGUUCGGCCCAUACUUGACUGGCUCUGCUCUAGCCUCCGCCCUUCCAAUGUCCUCUCCCCCUCCGAACUCUCCCAGUAUGAGCAGUUUUUGCAGGAAGGGAAGCUUUUGGAGGGAGAAGAUUUAGACUUUGCUUACGACAGCAUUUCAGCCUUUUCAGCCCGGAGAGACAAUCAAGAGGCAGUUUUUGGAACUGAAGAAGGAUUGAAAGAGAUACGAGAUGCUACAUUGGCUGCAAAAGCUGAAGCUUUGGAGUUACAGAAACAGCUCCGGCAUCUGCAGUUCCAAAAUGAUAUGCUUACGGGGCAGGCUUCAGCACUAAUUCAAGGGAGAAGAGCACGAGUUGCUGCAACUUCCACUGCCAAUGGACAACUGACCACCAUAGAUGAUAGCCUUUCAGCAAGGAAUUUAGAAAUGAAUGCAGUUCUUGGACGGAUGGCCUCUACUGCACAAGAGUUGGCACAUUAUCAUUCCGGAGAUGAGGAUGGAAUCUAUUUGGCCUACGCUGAUUUUCAUCCGUACUUGCUUGCUGAUGCGGCCUGCAUGAAGGAGCUAAAUCAGUGGUUUCUGAAGCAACUAGACACGGGUCCUUACAGGUUAGUGGCCGAGGAGGGGAAAUCUAAAUGCUCGUGGGUGAGUCUUAAUGAGAUCUCGAAUGUGAUGGUGCGAGAUGCAGAGAACACACAGCAUCAACGUCUUUCUGAAUUGCAGCGACUUCGAUCCAUAUUUGGAACAAGUGAAAGGCAAUGGGUAGAAGCUCAAGUUGAGAAUGCUAAGCAGCAAGCCCAACUCAUGACUCUUAAAGCUCAAGUGACAUCAGAUGAAGCUCACAUCCAUCUUGACCUUCAUUCUCUUCGGAGAAAACAUGCUGAACUGGCUGGUGAACUUUCAACUUUGUAUCGGAAAGAAGAGAAGUUAUUGUCUGAGACUAUUCCUGAUCUUUGUUGGGAGCUGGCCCAGCUACAAGAUACAUACAUCUUGCAAGGGGAUUAUGAUCUAAAGGUCAUGCGUCAAGAAUUUUAUAUUAAUCGGCAAAAAGCGUUCAUAAAUCAUUUGAUUAAUCAGCUAUCACGGCAUCAAUUUUUGAAGUUGGCCUGUCAGUUGGAAAAAAAGACUAUGCUUGGAGCUUAUUCCUUGCUUAAAGUUAUUGAGUUAGGGUCGUUGUAUGGCAUUGGUUCAAGCGGCAUCUGAUGUACCUGAACAAGGAGCAGUUGAUGAUCGUGACACUUUUCUCCAUGGUGUCAGAGAUCUUUUGAGUAUCUAUUCAAAUGCGCAAGCUGGUUUGUCAACAUAUGUGUCUGUUCCGGGCAUUGUACAACAACUGUCUAACCUUCAUUCAGACCUUAUGGCUCUGCAAUCUGACCUCGAAUAUGCCCUUCCUGAGGAUAGAAACAGAUGCAUUAAUGAACUAUGUACCCUUGUUCAAAGUUUGCAGCAAUUGUUAUUUGCAUCAUCUACAACUGCGCAACCGAUACUAACUCCCUGGACUCUCAUGAAAGAGCUGGAUGAAAUGGAAAAGGUCAAUGCCAAGCUCUCAUCUGCAGUUGAAGAUGUGACGCUCGAACAUUGCAAGAAGAAUGAGAUAGUUAAACACCACUCCCAGGAAAUGGCACUUCAAAGACGCGUCUUUGUUGAUUUCUUCUGCAACCCAGAACGUUUGAGGAACCAAGUCAAGGAACUGACCGCACGUGUCAGGGCAUUGCAGGCGUCAUAGUCUGAUGUACAGUAUGUAUCAAUUAUAACCGUCCUAUUAAAAUUUGUUUGUAAAUCCAUUUUCCGAUAAAUGGUCGUCUUCUUUUUUCAAUUGCAAAUGGAAAUGCUCAUGGACUGCAUGAUAAUCAAUACCUGGAAGCUACAUUGCAGUAGGCUGAUUCACAAGUUGUGAAGCACAAAUUUGAUGAAUGUGAUCAUGUGAGUGGACUUGUAUUGUAACCAUGUAUGAGAUUAUAUGUUUGAGGGUGUGAAAGUGAGACCUUUACAUAUACAAAUAUCACAUUUCCAGUA